AUGAAGGAUCCGUUUGAUCUUUUCAAGAAUUGCGAUUAUGGCAUUUACAAAGUUAAAUGCAUUAGGCAUUAUGAGCCUAAUGAGUUUCCUAGAUGGAAAGUUACAAAGGUGUUUGAUGCGGUGCCGAGUAACAGCAAUAAGCAAAUUUCUUCGGAGCGAUCCAAUGCGUCAGUGAAACUUCAGCAAACAUGCAUUAAGGAGUUUUCCAGUGAGUAUGGCCAGCAGGUUAUCUAUGGUCAUUUGCGAGUGAUUUUGUUUGCAGAUAUCGCUUCGAAUGAACAAAGAAAGGAUUCCGGUGUUGGAUCGGAAAAGAGUUACGAUGUGUCUAGAAAAUCCAGUGAAUCGUAUACAAAAUCCCCUCGAGAUGACGAGUGUGGAAAUAACGACCCCAUCAAUGAAGACUUACAAUCAGAGGUAAUAUUACUGCUAGAGUGCAAAAGUUUUGACGGAGUUAUAUGCCAGAUAUGAUU